AGCAAAGAUAACCAAAAAUGGAGAACAAGCCUUCUUCUUUCCUUAUCAUUUGCAGCUUCCUCUUGUUUCUGGUCCUCCACUCCGUCCCCCAAGUCCUUGCUGCAAGAAAAUUAUUGGAUAUUUUCCCAAAUGGCUAUUUUCCUCCUGGGACAGCCCAAGUGCCACCUCCAACCCCAGAAACUAAGGUGAACUAUAAUAGCGAGACAAAAAAUGGCAGUCAUGCUCAAGUUGUUUCUGUUAAUGGGAAAACUAGGUCUGAAAGUGGCACGGUUAAUGGUAAGAAUGGACACCCGGUAGUCCAAGCAAAUACUCAUAAUGGGUAUGAAGCUGGUACAAUUAAAGGCUUCGAUGGCAAACCAAUCAUUCAAGGCAAAAAUACUACCGAUUAUCAAACUGCAAUAAUUAAUGGCAGCGAUGGAAAGCCUAAGUUUGAAGUACACAGAUAUAAUAAUGGCACGGCAAUUAUUUCUGUUUUAGGCAGCGAUGGAAAGCCAAUCUACCAGAUAAAUUCUUUGCCUCCGCCAGGGGGCAUAGGGAACUCGUUCUUGCCGCCACCUGCUAAUUCUUACAAUCCAUUUCCCCCUCCACAGAUAUAAGGAAGAAGUACCUAUAUUGUAUAUGUGUGGUUGUUCUGCUGCUUCAUGCAUUACAUGUUUAGUUCUAUGAUGUUCCCUUUCGUAAGUUGGCGAUAAUUGGUUAACGAAUAAUAAUUGUUCACGAUUAUGCUCCUAUUUGCAAUUCAAUUUGAUUUUGUAAUCGUGUAUAUCAUAAAUAUGAUUCGGAAAACACUCAUUCCUGUCUUAA